AUGCACGCCGUUCCACGGCAGGCCGCGUCGCGCGCCUCCAGCACCUCCCGGGCCGUUUCGACCUUUGUCUGCCCGUCCUGCGCCAACCUCACCACAGGCGGCCCAACAAGAGCUCGGCUAGCAGCCACAGCAGCAACAACAACAAGAUCCGCGACGACAAGACACCUGAGCACUACGGCACAUCGCCGCCAUGCCGCCUCCACCGCCACCUCCACUUCCAGUCCACCACCGGCAACCCCCCCGACCGCUGGCUACGCCCGCCUGACCUCGCGACGCCUCAUCUCCAUCGCCGGCGUCGACGCGGCAAGGUUCCUCCAGGGCAUCGUCACCUCGUCCACCCUCAACCGCACAGAGGGUUUCUACACGGGCUUCCUCAACGCGACGGGCCGCGUCCUGCACGACGUCUUUAUAUACCCAGACACACUGGGCGUCGGCGUCGCCGGAGAGGCCUUCAUCAUCGAGGUCGACGCAGACCAGGCUGACACGCUGCUCAAGCACCUCAAGCGGUACCGCCUGCGCAGCAAGUUCCAGAUCGCGCCCGUGGACGAGGACCAGUGCGGCGUGUGGCAGGUCUGGAACGACAGCCCACGUGGCAGCGGCGGCGGCGGCGGCGCGUUCACGGAAAACACCAGCACCACCAGCACCACCACGAACACGGGGUCCGCAAGAAGAAUCAUCCUCCCCGACACCCGGGCGCCCGGCCUCGGCCACCGCAUCCUCUCCACCACGCCCCCCGCCGACUUCACCUCGGAGCUCGAGUCCCUGGGCCUGUCCCCCGCCAGCGACGACCUGUACCGCGUGAGGCGGUACCUGCACGGCGUGCCCGAGGGCCAGGCCGAGAUCCUGCGCGAGGCCGCCCUCCCGCUCGAGGCCAACAUGGACCUCAUGGGCGGCAUCGACUUCCGCAAGGGCUGCUACGUCGGGCAGGAGCUCACCAUCCGCACCAAGCACCGCGGCGUCGUGCGCAAGCGCAUCCUGCCCUGCGUGCUGUAUCCCGCUGACACAACAACAGGUGGUGGUGACGGGGUGCCGCCGGCGCCGGACAAGCUCGAGUACUACACGGCAGGAGGUGCUGCGCCGUCGUCGUCGACGACAACCACUCCCACCCCAACCACCACCGCCGAGUCGAUACCCCAGGGCUCGGCCAUCGUAAAGGCAGGCGCAAGGAAGGGCCGCGGCGCGGGCACGUGGCUGCGCGGCGUGGGCAACGUCGGGCUCGCGCUUUGCAGGCUGCAGGUCAUGACGGACGUCGAGCUGCCCGGCGAGGCGGCCGCCGGUGGCGGGGGCCUGGCGCCGUUCGACCCGGCGACCGAGUUUGUGGUGAAACUUGAAGAAGACGGUGGGGUCCAGGGGGCCGGUAGUCAAGUCAAGAUCAAGGCUUUUGUGCCGCCGUGGUUGCGGCAGAGGCUGGACGAGGCGAAUGCCUCGAAGCACUGA